GAAUCCUUCUCUUGUCUUUAGUUGGAUUUCAUUUUUAUUGAAAGAUAAUAUGUUUGUAUGUAUUCAAUUGUAAACAAGUUGCAUAUUUGGCACCUAUUUAAAAUUGCAUAGUUGAGAUCAGUUAUUAAUGGAAUAGAGGUCAUUGUUUAAAGGAGCUUUAUUGACAUUGUCCUUUUUGUUUUGUAUCUGAAAACAAUUCAACAGCUGGCUGAAGGAAAGAGAUAACAAAAUGAUAUAAAGGGCUCUGUUAUAAUUCUCUGAAGUUAUGCUUCAGUCCAUGAUGAGUUAGAAAAUAACACUAUUACCGAUCUGUUAACAGUGCCCUUUUUGUGUAGCAAUUGGACAGUAUGGUAUUAAAUUAUAGUCCAACAUCCUCUUGACGGCUGGCAUAUUUAUAGGCCAUAAACUUUGUACUUACCAAGAAACUUACAUUCGUUUAUAUGUUGAGAAAACCAGUUAGGCCAUUAUCCCAUAGUUCUGUCUGGGGAAUUCAGUGUUUGAUUGAGAGAUUUGUUGUUUUUGUAAAGAUAAAAAGUCUGUAUCAUUUGUUCCAUCAUUAUCAUUCUCAGAUUUGUACAAUUUAUCCUUUGAUUAAAGUGAUCAUAGUACAUCUUGAGCAAAUCGUGAUGAGCCAAGAUCUGACUUCUCAGCCAAAAUGGACUUGUGAAUAUUGCACUUAUGAAAAUUUUCCUAAUGCCUUGAAAUGCACUAUGUGUAGAGGAGCCAAACCUAUAUCAUUUGGUGAAGAUAUAUUUCGUAUUCAUAAAAAUGAACCUUCACCUACAAAUGCUGCUGGUCCCUGUAUUAAUGAAAACAGUUUGAAAUGGUCUUGCGAUGUCUGUACUUUCCUCAAUCUUCCAAAAAAUAAAGAUUGUUGUGAAUGUCGGUCACCAAGAUAUCCAGUUACUACUGCAGAUAAUAUCCAUGAGCAAUUUCGUCCAUUAAGAAUCACUGAAUCUGAAUCAAAGCCUGCAAAAUGGGCUUGCUCUGUUUGCACUUACGAGAACUGGCCAAAAUCAAGGAAGUGUAUAAUGUGUGGAACCAUAGCACCUAGAACAUCCCCAUGCCACUCAAAUAUUUCCAUUAAGUCAACUUCAGAAUGUGACACCAGGCCACAAAUAAUAGAAGAAAACACAAUAAAUGGUGUUAGAAGGUCCAAUUCAAGAAGAGAUGACCUUGCAGGAACAGCAAAUAAUUAUGAAUAUGAGAGGCGUAGGCGAAAUGCUGAUUGGACAUGGCUUAAUGCCUGCAUGGGGGUUGUGCAGGGUGAUGUUGGGCCUGUUGGUGCUUACCUGUCCGCUGGUGGGGACCCUGCGAGGCAACUAACUCCCUCUGAAGUGUCCCUCCUCAACAGGCCAUCAGCUUUUGAUCCUGGUCAUACACUUGUCCAUUUAGCUAUUAGGUUUAAGAGAGAAGAUAUUCUUGCAAUGCUCGUGGAAAGUAUUGAUGGUGGUGGACCUGGCCUGAAGAGAGUACCCUCGUAUAUAGCUCCAGAACUUGCUACUUCAAUUCGAAGGCAUGCUGCUAACACCUUCAAUACCAAACAUUCACGCUCAGUACCUUUCCCAUAUGUUACAGAAUUUACUACGUUUAUGCUACCAGCAGAAAUAGAAGACCUACCUGGAGCAGUGCAGGAACAGCUGUUUGAUGAGCUGCUUGAUAAGGAUGUGCAGGUGCAGUUAGAGACUGAGCCAGCUGUUAUCAACUGGUCAAUUGAGCUUAGCGUCCACUUAGGGUCCAGGCUUCACGCCCUCUGGAACCGGUCUCAGGGGGAUUGCCUUCUCGACUCCCUCAUGCAGGUCACUUGGGGUGUCUUUGACCGAGACAACCUUCUUAGGAGGGCCUUGUCUGAUUCACUUUCUCAUGGUGGACAUCUCCUUUACCCAAGGUGGUUUGAAUACGAAACCAGCCAAGCCAGGCAGCUUGAGUUCACCCUCUCGGAAUCACAAUGGGAAGAAGACUGGGCUUCGCUAGUGAAGCGAGCAACUCAGCAGGGAGCGUCCUUACAGCAGUUACAUGUUUUUGCCCUGGCUCAUGUCCUAAGAAGGCCUAUCAUAGUGUACGGAGUCAAGUUUGUCAAGAGUUUCAGGGGAGAGGACCUUGGAUAUGCAGGAUUUGAAGGAGUUUACUUGCCCCUUCUCUGGGAGCCUAGUUUUUGCAAUGUGUCUCCGGUGGCACUUGGUUAUACCCGCGGCCAUUUCUCUGCCCUCGUCCCAAUGGAAUCUCCUCAGCCGGAGCAGAGUGCCAAAGAAGAAAGUAUUCAAGUUUGCUAUCUACCAUUAGUUGAUAAAGAUCGAAAACUUUUACCUAUUCACUUUCUCACCAAAGCUGAAGUUGGUAGUGAAGAGAACUUGUUGAGGCAAUGGCUGGAUGUAAACGUUACUGAAGGAGGUAUUUUGGUAGCACAGCAGAGGUCACAAGGAAGGCCCCUUUUAGUUGGCCAGAUGUUAGAAGAGUGGUUGAACCAUUACAGGAGUUUAGCACAAAUGUCAAGAACGCCAUACAGCAGUCGAACAAUCCCAGCUCAAGACUUCUCAAGUGAUGGUGAUACCGAUGAUGAAUAGGAAAUAUUAAUGCUAUAAGAAAAAUUCAAAUUUCUGUGAUAGUCUUAUUAUCUUAAACCAUGUCUCUUCUUAGAUCAAUUAAAAGAGGGGAAAGUGAUUAUCUGAUUGGUUUUUCUUUUUUCUUUCUUUUAUUUGUCUUUCUUUUUUUUCUGUUUUUUUCAUCAAUGAACAAAAUAAUUCUAUGUAAAUAUAAAACAACGAGACCGCCCCAUCCUCCUACCGUUGUUCUCGAUACAAUGAUUGUAUAUAGUGAUAGCCAAUUUAAAUAAAGUGUUAUAUUAGUUUUUAAUUUAUUGUAAUUCUAAUAAUGUUUGUGAAUUUGUGCAAUAAUUAUUUAGAAAAAAUACUGUACACUAUACUUUUCAAAUUAUAUUAUGUUCUAAUCUGUAGGCCAUCUUUUAUAAAGGCUAACUUAGGAUCAAUUAAUUUAAAAAAUAAAUAAAUGUCUAAAAAUAUUAAUAAAACAAGGCAAAAAUGCAUCAUAAUUAUUCACUGCUCAAAUUUUAGUAAAAUUAUAAAAAGAAAAAAAAAGAAUUUUAUUACAUAAUUCAAUAAAAUUUAUAUUAACUCUAUGUAUGUCAUAUUGUCUUCUCCAGCAUGCUUUGAAAAUAAUUAGUUAUCAAAGUCCUCCAUGUUGAGAUAGAUUGGCUGAAUUUCAUAGGCAAUUAUGAAUUUUAUUAAUCACGGUAGAAAGUAUUUGCUUUAAAUAACCUUAAAUAGCCCCUGCUGUUUAUAAUUAUUUUUCUUAAUUAGAUUUAUGUAAAAAUUUGAUAAAAGACCAAUUGAUCUGUUUAUUGUUGGCAUCAAGGUUAUGUGAUGUUGCUUGUUAAUUUUUGUAUACAGUGUUUACAUCUGAUUGAAAUUUGUAUGUUCUCCUGACCACAAUGUUGCAAGUAUAAUUGAGUUAUAUAAAGUCUGGAAUAAUUGUUCCAUAAACUUUUGUUUUCUUUUUUCCUAUAUUUAAUUUUUCCAAGAUUUUUAAUUUAUUAUUUAUUUAUUUAUUUUGUUAUUCGGGAAAGUACUCCCAUUUUGUGAUGACAAGAAAGUGUACAUUUUUCAACCAAAAAGUUCAUUUACAGUCAACUAUUUACCAGUGUGCUUUUUACUUUAUUAGUCAAAGCAUUAAAUGCUAAUAAAUUAAUUUAUUAACUAAUUUAAAAUAUUUAACUUCAAAAAGUUAAAAUUUUUUUUCUCCAAUGGAUUGUUAUUCCCCUUGGUAAAACAGGGAUGUAGUACAAUUUGAUUUGUUAUUUAGUUUAUAAAAAUUAGUGUGAAAAAAAAAAUGGUAAUACAUGUUUUUAUUUACCAACUGCUUUUUUUUCCCCUUACAAAUAAAAAAAAUCUAUAUAAGAUAAACAUUCUUUAUGUACAAAUAAAACAAAAAAAUUUAAUACAAAAGUUCUUAUAUUAACUUUCCACAUUUUUACACUUCAAUGCUUUAGAAGAUUAUAGCAAUUAAAUAAUUUAUGUAUAAAGGGAAUUAUAAAUAUUUGUUUUGUUUAUAAAUGAAAAAAAAGAAGUUGCAUAACUUAGUAAUUUAGCUUCUACUUAUUGUUUUUGUAAUAGUUUCAGAAAAAAACAAAAAUAAAGAGAGUUAUAACAACUUGAAAUGUUCUGAGUCUUGUACUUCUUCAUAUUUCAUUUGAAAUGGGAGCUUAAUCCUAGUUUUAAAAAAUAUGAAAUUACAAAAAAUAACUAAAUCACAGGUACAACAAUUAGAGUUGAUUUUUAUGUUUAAAGAACAACGUGCUCAUAUUCUGAUGUUUCAUUCCCAUCAGGGUCACUCUUCGAUGGCUUCCUUCUGAUAUCGAGAGGUUGAUCAUCGUUCUUCUCCCACAUCUUUUUUAAGCAGAGGAUGACCAUGCAUAGAACUGUUACAAUGACCAGGAUUAUCACUACAAGAACAGCAGCAAAUAUUUCCCACUUAUCCUGAACCAGUGAAGAAAAUAUAACUGAAAAAAUGGUAGUAUUAGUUUAAAUUUUUUAUGAUGUCAAGAAAUUAAAUUUAGCAUUUUUAAAAUAUUGAUUACUAGC